CUGUCCUCUAUAGAUGGUAAACAAAAUUUUAUUGCUCAUUAGUAACGAUGUAUCGUUACUAACGAUAUAUUUUUAUAUAAUUUAAGAAGAUCAUACUCAUUGGUAGCAGUUUCCAACCUCCAAAUAAUACCUAACCUAUGCGCAUGUUAUAUUUCAUGUUUACUUUUUGAUCCCAUAAUAACGAUUCAAACCUUAUAAUGUCUUUAAGAAAUCGUAUUAGUAACUUUCUUUUUAAAAGACAAAUGCAUAGUAAUGCGGAAAUAGUAGAAAAUUGUAAAGAAAUCAGAAAUCGUAAUCGAAGAAAUUUGGAACGACUAAGGAUUGCUAGGAAGCCUAUAGGUUACGUUCUUGACAAACCUGGUAUUUCAUACUGGCACAAAUUAGUCAUAAACCAGACUCAACGUUAUAUUCAAGCAGAAGUACAUCAUUUUGAGAAUGGGCCAGUUAUUAUAGCAUCCACACAAGAAUGGGGCAUAAGAAAACAAUUAUACAAUGGUCAUGAUGCUGUAGCACAUAAGUAUUUGGGAGCUGUGAUUGCACAACGUUGCUUAGAAUCUGGAAUUUGUGAGCUUUAUUAUAAAGGUUUUGCAGAAGCUAGCCAGAACAAGAAAUUAUUAUUCACAGAAAUGGAAGAACAUGGAGUCAUUUUACAAGAACCACCAAGAUAUAAACAUCCAAAACCUACAGAUAAUUAUCGUCGGGAAAAGCCUUGGGAAUUUUAUGAAUCUUAAUUUAGAUAUUUUAAUAUAAUAUAUGUAAAUAUAAUUUAGAAAUAUUAUAUAGCAUACAACAGAAAAUGCAAGUUAUAUUAUUUUUAUGUAUGCCAUUUCGGGUUAUACCUCAAUUAUAGUGAUUUUAUAAAUCAUGA